CCUCCACCAAUUGCACGUCUUCCAUGCCUCUCUAGCUCCUUCUUCUUCUUGCACUUGGCCUUCCUAAAACCACCUCCCUUGUCGCUUUCCCAAACCGUCCAGAGAGCAAAAGAAGCUAGUGGACAUUGCGGUCACUUCAAUGUCCAUGCCACCUUUAUUGUUCUUGCCCUCCUCUAUUUCUCUACCAAUUCAUGAAAGAUAAAGUUCUAUCGAUGCAUCUCUUAAUUGCCAAAACGAAGGGGGUUAAUAUAUCUUUGUUGAAGUAAUCGAAGAUGCUUGCAGUCUUCAGCGACGCAGUCGUCAGCCCACCGGAGGAGCUCGUCCAAGCCGGCAGCCGAACUCCCACCCCGAAACAAACAGCUACCAAGCUUCUUGAUGCCUUCCUCCAAAGCAACCCCUGCUCCAUGGCCCUCAACAUCGGCGGAGCCGCACGGAUCGCCUUCACCCACAGAAACCAAUCCUUGCUGCAACCAAGGUCGUUCGCAGUCAACGAGGAGAUUUAUUGCUUGUUCAAGGGGACGCUGGAGAACCUGCCGAGCCUGAAGCAGCACUACGGUCUGGCGAAGAACGCGAGCGAGGUUGUGCUGGUGAUGGAAGCUUAUCGAGCUCUGCGGGACCGAGCUCCGUACUCAACGAACCAAAUGCUCGCCCACCUCGUCGGCCAAUUCGCCUUCGUCGUCUUCGACCGCGUCACCUCCACUGUCUUCGCCGCAGCCGACCAAGAUGGGAAGGUGCCCUUGUUCUUGGGAAUAACCGUCGAUGGCUACCUAGCUUUCUCAGAUGAAACAGAGGUGCUCAGAAGCGCAUGUGGCCAAUCACUAGCAUCGUUUCCACCAGGUUGUUUCUUCUCGACUUCCACUGGAAUACGGAGCUACGAGCAUCCCAAGAACAGAGUCACAGUUUUGCCAGCAACGGACGAAGACACUUGGGGUGCAACUUUCAAGAUUGAGCGACCAUGUUCACAAGCAGCGGAGUGAUUCGUGCCUGUAUCGAUCAAUAAAUGCUGUUCAUAUCAUGAACUUGUGUACGUGUGGAAAUAAAUGACGAUGGCUGAAGAACUUGCCUCGUUCAAAGCUAAUUUGACGCGACGAUAUAUGCGUAAUGAAGCUUCCAAUCACGUUCUUUACGUGCAAAAAAUCUGUAAAAAAAUUGCUCUUGCAGGCCAUAAGCAAAUGGGCCGAGCUGAAUCAGGCCCGACUCAUGAUGAGUUUCGAAGAUACUCAUUUCUCUCUCAGUUAGUCCUAGUCAGAACUCUACUUAGGGUAUUCUUUUAAACCUCAGGCCCAUAAGGCUGAACU